AACCUGUGCUCUAACACCACGGUUCUGAGGGCCUCGACCCCCUGUAAGUCCUGCAGCCUCAGCUUUUUGUUCUCCGUGUGCCCCCCCGGCUUCAGGAAGACCCCCCGGUCCCCCAGACAGGACUGCACGUUCUCUGUAAAGACGGCCUCCAUGACGCUGCCCAUGCCAGGAUGCUCCUCAGAGUGCUAUAAGGAGGUGGAUCUGAAGACCUGCUGCCCCGGCUUCUGGGGGCCCGACUGCCAGGAGUGUCCGGAGGGGGCAGAGAGACCCUGCAGUCUGAGGGGAGUCUGCUCCGACGGGAUGGGGGGCAACGGCACCUGCACCUGUCAGCCGGGCUUUGCAGGGACAGCUUGUGAGGACUGCUCUACGAGACGCUUCGGGUCCACCUGCAGCUCAGUGUGUUCCUGUGUGCACGGUGUGUGUGCCUCUGGUCUGACAGGUGACGGUCGCUGCACCUGCUUCUCCGGAUAUAAAGGGCCCAGAUGUGAUCAAGAGCUACCUGAGUGUGUGUCCCUGCGCUGUCCUCUGAACUCUCGCUGCAUGGAGGAGGCUCUGACUGCUCGGCUGGUCUGUCAGUGUUUACCUGGAUACCAGAAGUCCGGGGACACCUGUCUCUCCGUGAACCCCUGCCGGACGCAGGUGUGCGCCCUGCAGGCGUCCUGCGUCCCCACCGGGCCGGGCACGCACCUGUGCGCCUGUAACGAGGGCUUCAGUGGAGACGGGAGGGUCUGCAUGGCUGUGGACCCCUGCCAGAGGAACCAGGGGGGGUGCAGCGCCGAGACCACGAGCUGCGUCUACGACGGCCCGGGGAAGUCUCACUGCGAGUGUCUCCCGGGGUUUGUCCUCCAAAGGGACGGCAGCUGCAGCCUGAAGGACGCCUGCAGUCCCGCGUCCUGCCACCAGGAGGCGACCUGCAGAACCUCAGAUGCGGGCCAGGUCCAGUGCACCUGUAAGCAGGGGUUUGUGGGUAACGGGAAGGUGUGCUACGGGAACAUCAUGCAGCGUCUGAGCGACCUGAACACGGAGCCGCGGGGGCAGUGGAGGGGCCAGCUGAGCAGCGCCAUAUCCCUGCUGGGGUCUCUCUCCUGGUCCCUGCAGAACCUGGGUCCAUUCACCCUGUUUGUCCCGAUCAAUAAAGGCUUCAGGGGGGUUUCGGUGCGGACUCUGACGGCGGACCGGUCUAAGGCUCAGUACCUGAGCAAGAUGCACCUGGUGGCCGGAGUCCUGCCCUUCGACUCGCUGAAGAGAACCGAUGUCUUCUACACCGUGACGGGAAAGAUGGGGGAGAUGGACACCAGCGAGGGGGACCUGCAGACGAAGAUCCGUCUCCACGGCAGCAGGAAGAAGGCGGUGAUCCUUCAGUCGGACGUGGUGGCGUCUAACGGGAUGAUCCACAUCAUCAACAAGCUGAUGGACAGCGUGGCGCCGACUGUGGAGAGCAACCCUCAGGAGAACCUGUUGAAGAUCGUCUCUGACUACGGGAAGUUCGACAUGUUCAAGUCCCUGUUAGAGAAAGUGUCUCUGGCCUCGGUUCUGGACCUGCCCGGUCCGAUGACCGUCUUCGCCCCGAGCAGCGCCGCCUUCAGCGCCAUGCCGGAGGGUCAGCUGGACUGGCUGAGCAGCACAGAGGGCCGGUGGAAGCUGCUGGAGCUGAUGAGGAACCACAUCGUCCCGUCCUCCGGCCUGGACGUGUUUAACGCCGUCUCCGGCCCGCGCCUCGCCUCGUUGGCCAGCCAGAUCCUCACCAUCAAUGUGACAGACAACGGUCAGAUUCUGGUGGACGGGGCCGCCGUGCUGGAGGCGGCGGUAGAGGGUAAGAACGGGCGUCUGUACGUCCUGGAGGGGGUCCUGACACCGGCCUCCAUCCGACCCGUCCUGCCCCACCGCUGCGACCUCAACGAGACCCGGGCCACCAAGGGAGAGUGUGUGUCCUGCUCUAAUGUCCAUCUGAGUCAGUGUGAGGGUGGAGUUCAAACGGGACUAUCCACCUUCGGCUGCAUGUACCUUCGGAGCAUCGAGGGAUCGUUGAGCAUGGGCGUCAGCUUAGGCUGCAAGCCGACCUGCAACACCACCGUUACCACUCGGGCGUGUUGUAAAGGGUUCUACGGUCUGGACUGCACUUCCUGUCCCGGAGGAUUCCAGACACCCUGUUCCGGACACGGCCAGUGUGUGGAGGGGAUCUCAGGGAACGGCUCUUGUCUCUGCGAGCAGAGCUUCGGAGGCUCUCGCUGUCAGUUCUGCUCGUCCUCCAGCCGGUUCGGAUCCACCUGUGACAGAACCUGUCCCUGUGUCCACGGGCAGUGUGAGAACCGUCCAGAUUCAGACGGACGCUGUAAACCGGACUCGUGUCAGCCGGGCUUCACCGGGCGGUUCUGUGAGAGACGGACAGCACCGUGUGGCCUUCAGGUUCACUUCUGUCACGCUCACGCGGACUGCGACUUCACCCAGGGGGCGUUCAGGUGUGUUUGUAAACCUGGUUACCAAGGUGACGGGAUCACCUGUGUGGAGGCGGACCCGUGCGCCCCCCCCCUCCGUGGAGGCUGCAGCGUUAACGCCAAGUGUGUGCGCAGCGCUCCUGGAGCUCACAGCUGUCAGUGUCUGAACGGCUGGAGGCGGGACGGAGACGACUGUCAGCCAAUCAACAACUGCCAGGCGCCUGAGGGGGGGGGCUGCCAUCCCAACGCCUCCUGCAUCUACGUGGGACCUGGACAGAGUGACUGCAGCUGUAAGCCGGGCUACAGAGGCAGUGGCAGCGACUGUGAGGCGGUGAACCAGUGCGUCUCCCAGCGGGGGGGCUGCCACCACCUG